GAGUAUCUAGAAGACAGUGAACAGGUUGAUUUGGCCACAUUUACUACUAAAAUCUGGCCCAAUAUCAAAGAGAUCUAUAAACCUAAAGACUCGAAGGUGGAAGCAGAAAGUGAACCAGAAAAGUUGCCUGAUGCAGGAGAACAAGCUGGGGAUCCG